AGUGCGGCGCAUCUGAGGAGUCUAAGGAGCUUCUCUGUCUGGGCUCUGGCGGGGGCCAGGAGGAGGUUCCAGCCGGAGUGGCGUCAAGCGAGGGUUUCUCGGUGUCUCCUCAACCUCUCUGCGGGGGCAGGUAUUGUUGUGCAAAUUAAGACUUAUCAAAUAGCAAUAGAUAUCUUGAUUUAUUUGAUGUUAUCCUGUAGUAAACUGUAGGUAAAUACAAACAGGAUUAAGUCAAUCAACCAUAAAGCAGAAGGAUUAGUUGUAUUCUCACUGUAUACAGAAUAUAUUCUGAUUAGGUGGAAUAGUAUUAGUGGAGAAGUUUUGUAAAUUACUCGAGAGGACUUGCUUAUCGUCCUCCCAACUUUUCCUAUGGCUCCCUUCCAUUCCCAUAGCAUGAAAAAAAUGAUCUGGCAUGGUGCCCUGCAGUGUGAUGUCAAUGAUUCAGCCUGUAGACAAAACUCUUACCUACAACAACUCCCCCUCAGAACGUGGAGUACCUCAUUUUUAAUAAUUUCAUUGAUGGCAGAUCUUCAGCCUUCUGACAACAGGCAAAAGUCUUUCAGAGCCAAGUUUGAUGAAUAAGUUUUAGUCCAUGAGUACUGGUGGAAAAAAUGGCUGUUAGCCUAAAAGAAAUUGGCUUAAUAGUCGGUGUGGUUAUAGCCUGCUACUGGAAUAGCCUUUUUUGUGGUUUUGUUUUUGAUGAUGUUUCAGCAAUAUUGGACAAUAAAGAUUUACAUCCUUCUACACCUUUAAAAAACUUAUUUCACAAUGACUUCUGGGGAACCCCUAUGUCUGAGGAAAGAAGUCACAAAUCUUACCGUCCUUUAACAGUUUUGACAUUUCGUUUAAACUAUUUAUAUAGUGAGUUAAAACCGGUGUCCUAUCACCUGCUGAAUCUGAUUUUUCAUGCUGUGGUUAGUGUGGUCUUCCUUAGAGUCUGCAAAUUAUUUCUGGACCCCAGAAGUAGUAUAAUUGCAUCCUUGAUGUUUGCUGUGCACCCUAUACACACAGAAGCGGUAACAGGUGUUGUAGGAAGAGCAGAACUUUUAUCAUCAAUUUUUUUCCUAACUGCAUUUUUGUCAUAUACAAAAUCUAAAGGUCCAAAUAAUACUAUAGUAUGGACUCCAAUUGCAUUGACUGUUGUUCUGGUAGCUGCUGCCACAUUAUGUAAAGAGCAGGGGGUCACUGUUGUGGGGAUAUGCUGUGUCUAUGAAGUGUUCAUAGCUCAAGGAUAUACAUUGCCAUUAUUAUUUACUACAGCUAUGCAGAUUCUUCGUGGAAAGGGUAGUAUUCCUUUUUCCCUGCUGCAGAUACUGCUAAAACUCAUUGUCUUAAUGUUCAGCACACUAUUACUUGUUGUGAUCAGAGUCCAGGUUAUUCAAUCUCAACUUCCUGUAUUUACCAGGUUUGACAAUCCAGCUGCUGUAAGCCCAACUCCCACAAGGCAAUUGACUUUUAACUACCUCCUUCCUGUAAAUGCGUGGCUUCUAUUUAAUCCCUCAGAACUGUGCUGUGAUUGGACAAUGGGAACAAUACCACUUAUAGAGUCCUUUUUAGAUAUUAGAAAUCUUGCCACAUUUAUUUUCUUUUGCUUUUUGGGGUCACUUUUGGUAUUCAGUGUUCGAUAUCCUAGUCAUUCUUCUAAAACUGUGUUAAUGGCACUCUGUUUAAUGGCAUUGCCAUUUAUUCCUGCAUCAAACCUCUUUUUUCCAGUUGGAUUUGUGGUUGCAGAGCGAGUGUUGUAUGUGCCUAGUAUGGGAUUCUGUAUUUUAGUCGCUCAUGGAUGGAGGAAAUUAUCCAAAAGACAUGUGUUAAGAAAGCUGUCCUGGGUUUGUCUGUCUAUAGUGGUGAUCACUCAUGCCUUAAAGACACUUCACAGAAACUGGGAUUGGGAAUCUGAGUAUACCUUGUUUAUGUCUGCCUUAAAGGUAAAUAAAAAUAAUGCAAAGCUGUGGAAUAAUGUGGGUCAUGCUUUGGAAAAUGAAAAGAAUUUUGAGAGAGCCUUAAAAUAUUUCUUACAGGCAACACAUGUUCAGCCAGAUGAUAUCGGGGCCCACAUGAAUGUAGGAAGAACUUAUAAAAAUUUAAAUAGAACCAAAGAAGCUGAGGAAUCUUACAUGAUUGCUAAAUCACUGAUGCCACAAAUCAUUCCAGGUAAAAAAUACGCUGCACGAAUUGCUCCUAACCAUUUAAAUGUUUAUAUCAAUCUUGCAAACUUGAUUCGCGCUAAUGAAUCUCGACUGGAAGAAGCAGAUCAGUUAUAUAGACAAGCAAUUAGCAUGCGGCCAGAUUUCAAACAGGCCUAUAUUAGCAGAGGAGAGUUACUUUUAAAAAUGAACAAACCUCUCAAAGCAAAGGAGUCAUAUCUUAGGGCAUUGGACCUUGACAGAUCCAAUGCAGACCUUUGGUACAACUUGGCAAUUGUGAAUAUUGAACUAAAAGAAUCAACUGAAGCCCUACGAAACUUUGACCGGGCUUUGAAGAUGAAUCCUAAUCAUAAACUAGCAUUAUUCAAUUCUGCCUUGCUCAUGCAAGAAUCAGGUGAAGCUAAAGUUAGGCCUGAAGCAAAGAAACGACUGCUCAACUAUAUAAAUCAAGAACCCCAUGAUGCAAAUGGAUACUUCAAUUUGGGAAUGCUUGCAAUGGAUGACAAAAAGGGUAGUGAAGCAGAGAUGUGGAUGAAGAAGGCCAUAAAGCUGCAAGCAGGCUUCCGAAGUGCUUUGUUCAACUUGGCUCUUCUCUAUUCUCAGUCUUCAAAGGAAUUAAUGGCUUUGCCUGUUCUGGAUGAGCUCCUUCGAUACUACCCUGAUCAUAUCAAAGGUCUCAUUUUAAAGGGAGACAUUCUGAUGAAUCAGAAGAGAGAUAUACUGGGAGCAAAGGAGUGUUUUGAAAAGAUUGUAGAAAUGGAUCCAAACAACGUACAAGGAAAACACAAUCUUUGUGUUGUUUAUUUUGAGGAGGGAGACUUAUUAAAAGCAGAAAAAUGUCUCCUUGAGACACUUGAUUUAGCGCCACAUGAAGAAUAUAUACAUCGUCAUUUGAAUAUAGUGAGAGUUAAAAUUUCCUCUGCUGGUGGUGGUGAACGGUUAUUUCUUCCACCAGCUGGGACCACACGUGUGGAAGGAAGUAAAAAACCUCCAUUUGAAAACUUAGAAGAAAGUGAACAUAAAUCUACCCAGACAAUUAAAAAUGAUAAUAAUGAAAGUAGGUCUAAAUCGAACAUGCAAUUAGAAGAAAAUACAGAUAAAGAAAAUAAAAAAACAACAAAAGAAAUCAGUGACAUUGAAAAGAAAAGAGUUGCUGCUUUAAAAAGACUAGAAGAGAUUGAACGUAUUUUAAAUGGUGAAUAGCCUUAUUCUUCAUCAUGAUAACAAUGGUAUAGAAAAUAUUUUAGUCUAUGGCAUUUAAAUUAAUUUUGCUCAAACUGGGUGCUUUGAAAAGUGGAAAGAAUAUGUAACAACAUAUAAGAAGUUGUUUAUCAAUGGAAAAUUUUAUGUAUUCAGUUGAAUGUGGGGUUCUUUUGAAUAUGAAAAAAGUAUAUUAAAUCAAGAGUGGAGAAAUCAUGAUUUUUAAAGCCCAAAGGAAAAGUCUGAGGGCAAAAAUUUUUCAUAUAGAUAUUUUCAGAAAGUAUUACAAGGACUUGAUUGGGAUCCCACAGAACAAUUCCAGUAUGUGCAACUCUAUUGCCUGUAACUCUUUUUUUAAUUUUCCUAUUUCUUGUGAAUUUCAGUCUUGACCUAGUGGAAUCUGACUAUGAAUGAAAAACACUACUUGACACCCUCCCCCCCUUUUUUUUAAUCACUUGAUCCUCACUAGUGUUCAGUCAAAAGCUUUCCUCUGUAAAAGAACACUGGCUUAGUUUUUAUAUGGGGUUUUCAAAUGGAAUAAUGAAACUACUUUUUGUUUUCUUAAAGCAGCUAAUGUGUGGGAUGUAAAUACAUUAUUUCAGUAUAUAUUUUCAUAGCUAUACAGUUAUCCAUUACAGCUGUACAAAAAGUUUUUACAACCAUAAGUGACAUAGCUUUCCAGUGGUGCUCUUAUAGAAUUUUACUUCAUUUUCUUUUGCGAGAGUAUACUUAUUUUAGCACAACUGGUAAACUGCACAACUGUUAUAAUGCCAUAUUCUUUUAUCUUUUACUCUCUAAAAAUGAUCAAAUCUUGAUACAUAGCUUCAUAAAGUCAUAGUAUUGAAAUUCUAGAGUUGAAGGGGACUUUGGAGGCGUUCUAGGCCGAUUUCCUUAUUUUAAAGAUUGAGAAAACCAAAACCCAAGGAUAUUAAUUGAUGUGCCUGGUGUCACCAGAGUAGAGGGAUGGUACAUGAAUGAUGGGUCUGUCUCCUAACUCUAAAGCUGUUGCUCUUUCCAUUGCAUAAGCUUUCUCACAUAAUUUUGUACCAUAACAGCUAUAGUUUAAUUUAAGCUUAAACUGUACUGUGGGCAGCUAGUAUGGUUAGUGAAUAGAAUGCUGGGUCUGGAAUCAGAAGAUUCAUUUUGGGGGGUUCAAACCUGAUCUCAGACACUUAAUAACUGUAUGACCCUGGGCCAGACACUUUGCCCUGUUUGCCUCAAUUUCCUCAUCUGAAAAAUAAACUGGAGAAGGAAAUGGCAAACUACUCCAGUGUCUCUGCCAAGAAAACCCCAAAUGUGGUCAUGACACAACUGAAAACGACUGUUUAAGAAAAUAACUUAGUGGUAAAUUGUUUUCCCAAAGUCAUCUGUUCUUACUAUUUGAAGUUAUAAGGUUUUUUUAUUUUAAUAUAUUUCAUGGAACAAAUAUUUAUUAAGCUAAUACCUGUGAAUAGUUCGGCAAUAAAAAAACACUAAUGCCAGUGUUGUUUAAUUGUGAGGAAAAGAAAAUGACUUCUGAUUUAUUUUGAAGCACUAAGUUCUGUUAUUUUCCGUUGUGGGUCAUUUUAAAUUAAAUAUUUAUUUUGACUACUGAUUCAUUAAAAUGUUUCCAUGUUUUAUUAAA